GCAAUUUACUGCCAGUUCUUGUUGAGCGUCUACGAUCAGCUUUGGAGCUCUCGUGCUCCAGUCGAAACAGUGAGGAUCAAUUGCCCCUCGAGGACUCGGGUGUCGACUCCGAAGAGGAUCUUCGCAAUUGGGCCUCGGGCCUCAAUACUUUCGCCGAUCAAACAACCGAGGCAUCAAACAAACCGAAAUUGGAUCUCAAGUUUCUCGAGGAUCUCCUCCUGUCGGACAUUCAAACUGCCCUGGCUCGUCUCCAGGACACCUUGAAGCGCGUCGACAUUGGCGUACUCACCAAAUACAAUUCCACUCUCGACCCCACCAACAAACUUCACCUCUUACGUCUCAUUUCGAAUCUUCUCGCAAAACUCAAAAUACCCGAGGACGCCAUCAAGCCUCAAAAUCCAGAAGAAAAACCCCCCACGCCGAGGAGGAAUCGCUCCGAACGGCAUACGAUCGGCGUCUCUAGUGAGGAACUCGCCCGCGCUAGAAAGUGGCUGGAGGAGCGGAACCCCCAUUCUGAAUUGGACUUUAAAUGUAAUCCGAGAAACACUCCGGCGAAAGCGGAAACUGCGGAAAAACAAAAGGAAGAAGGAGAAUUCGGCAAAGGGGAAGUUUCGAACAAAGUGACGGAAGAGGACAACUCGAUAGAGAAGCAGUUCGAUCAGGUGCACGAGAAGUACAUGAAAGACGCCAUCAAUCAACAACAGAGUCUGCAAAAUAAAAUCCGGGAGCCAAAGGAUAAUUUCGAUAGACUCCUGGAACACGAGGACAUUUACAGUGAUCAACUUAGCAAUCCGUUUUAUCAACAACCCAGUGCUCCGAAAUACAACAAAUUCCUCGCGAAAAAGUCCCGAUUAAAGAGAGCGAACACCAUAGACAUACCCAAUUAUCUCAAAGUCCAUACAGAAACAAACGGUUGUAUUUCCCUGCGAAGACCAAUUGACAUCAGUGACAAAGUACUUACAAACGGUGCCAGUGUGAUUCCCUCCUUUCAACCAAAAACCGAAAACGAUCGCAAGUUCCUCGCCCUCAUUAACAAGAACAACGACACCGCUCCACCCGCAACGUCCGUUCCUUUCAAAAAUUUCAGCUACCGUAAAAAUUCAACAGCCGACAAAAACUGGAACAACCGUUUCUCAAACAUAAAAACCGCUUUCGACAAACAAGACCAACAAGACGAAAAGACCGACAGUAAAAAGAAAUCAAUCGAAAACGAAAUUGUCGGCUCUCUGAAACUAUUCUACGGACCGACGAAGAAAUCCAACGGAUUUACCCACGCCCCAACGUCGCCUUUCCAAAAAAUCGAAAAACUCCCCAAAAUGGACCCACCUGCUUUUCUAAAACCUGGUUACAUUCCCAGUGGAAGCAAUUUACAAGCAAAAGUAAAAAUUUUCGAUCAGGAACAAUCUCCCAAAAGUCCACCACCACCGCCGAGAACUAAAUUAACAAGAAAUGUUUUCCACGAUGACGAUAUCACUGACAAUGGUCACAUCAAUUAUCAAACUUUCUGCAAACAAUUUGCACCCAAAGGCACUAAUCAUUUAGAAAAAACCAGAUCAAAGUUCACCGGGGAUGAUGUAAAAAACAUCGCUAAAUCACCCUUUGUUUCACACGAGAAUGGACCGUUUCAAAAAUCGAAACAAAAACUACUAAAAAUGCAACAGGAGGAGGGUUACGAACCACAGAAACACUAUCCCAAACAGUACGAGAUUUAUCCGGUGAAUAUUAAUCCAUCGAUAGCGAAUAUUGGUCACCGUUACGACCAUCGAUCAUCGGAGCAGAAAACAAGAAAUCCGAAACGUUUCGAAAAGACGGACGACAACAGACGACGUGCUUUUAAUAAAUUUUACAACGAACCCGACCGCAGUUCAGUGGGUGUUCAAACUGGGAUCGAAAGCUAUCAGGACAAAAAUAGAUUCGUUAAUCCCGAAGUCAGAAGAAAAUCGAAUCAUGCUUCGGUACAGACCUCUGAACUUUAUGAUAAUUACAAGAAAAAUUUCCAUUAUCCAGAAAGUCAGGUCUACUAUUCGGACAGGAGGAAUUCUUCCGAAACCCCUACUACGAGUCCAGAAACUAAAUUCGAGAAUUUUAGAGUGGAAAAUAGAAUGCAAAAAGAACCUAAAUCAAAGAUGCUACCCGACUUACCGAUGGUAGAUCCUGUAAAAACGGAUAUAGUCAAAACAAGAAUUGCAGAUUCUAAAACGGUGGAACCUUUGAGAAUAUUCACGAACCUGCCUAAAGUUGCAAGUGACUCGUCAAAAUUGUCAAUAGACACAACGAGCUUAUCGAAUUCUUCUAAUUUACCCAUGGAUACAAGACAAUACAUUGGAUUAUUAGACACUUCCUGGCCUAUCGAACAAACCGGACCCCCAGUGCCGGAGCGGACAAACUACAAUAAUGUCCUUCUCCGAAACUACAAAUCGGACCAAACGAGAUCAAAAAGUUCCUAUUACGAUCAAGAUGAUAAUCCUGUCUUUGUGCCUCCGAUCCCAGUACGAAGCAACUCCUUCGACAAAAUACGACACUACGAGGAGGAUAACAAACCCACCGAAGGCGAAUUCCCAAAUUCGGAGCACAUCGAAAAUCAGGACAUCAGUUCCGAUGGAGUUGUCACAAGGUACGCUUCUGCAAUUGCAACUGUCGCCUCAAUGCCAUACGUAGAACCUCAAAAACCAAAAGUUCCGCCCUAUCCGGAAAAAUUAGUAGACAACGAAGCAACUUUAGACGAAAUCCAAAGACACAACCAACUUCAACAGAAUUUGAGUCGAAGGAUACAGGAAAAUGCCAAGAGUCCUACUAUUUCGCAAGAAAUUCAACCUCGACAGGAACCUCCCAGAAUACCUUACGAGCAGGAACGACGAGACUCCAAAUCUCCUAUGAGCCCUUCCUUUAUUUUCGGCAACAAAGCAACGUUGCGUCAUGGUUCCGAUUCGGAUAGCAGAAGAACACAGGAAAAAAUAAGUAUGUUUGAGGAAAUUAACCACCCACCGGUAAAAAGACACUUCAGACCACUGAAUGUACCCAGAACCGAGUUACACCCACCUAGGAUUAAUGUCGUAAACCCCUCAAAAGUGAUACAACCAAAGUUCAAAAUCGAUCGAUCUCCCAUUGUCAGUAGCGUGAGUCCUGUCGACUCCAGUGACGAAUACCUCAUGUCCUGUGCCAAUAAACCAUCAAGAAACAUAGUCCUAACAAAAUCAGAGUCCUGGCACCAAUUGGCAAUGGCAAGAAACACCCUUCAAGUACCCCCAACCACCUCCACAGCUCUACUAAAACCUCCAAAACCAAAGUCCCCCUCAUCAUUGCGACUAUCCAAACAAUUCGAAGCCUCAUCCUCAUCAGACAAUAUCAAAAAAAUGGAAGAACGAAUCCAGAGAUAUUUCCAAGGUUCUGCUUGCGGUGAAGCAAAAAAAGAAACAAAAAACAAAAGAACAAUGUCAAUGAAGAAAAAUUCAAAUAGCCUUAUGAGAAGUCAUACAAUGCCACAUCUUUAUGAUGACAAAGGUUUUGAUGAGAGCACCGAUGUUGAGAAGGCGUUCGACAGUCUUUUUAAAGAAACAACCCGCACUGACAAUCGUUACUAAAAAUUUACGAUUCGUCAAUUAUUAUCGCGCUCAUCAAAAAAAUCGUAUAUUUUUAUUUGAUAAAACCAAAAAAAGUAAGUUAGAGCGUCUUUGCAAGAACUUUAAUUAAAAUUAACGAAAUAAACAAAAAAAAGAAAAUAACAACAAAAACUGCAGCGAGCAACGAAUUGAGUCCGCGCUGAGUUUUAGAUGCUGUGAUAGCCGAAAGCCUAUUUUUUAUGUCGUGUCUGAUGUGUGUUUCCGAAGCCAUGGAGUAAUGAUGGACGUUAGUAAAAAUCAAGGCAGACCCAAAUAAAGCAGAUGUCAGAUUGUCUCAAGCACAAGGUUUUUGAUGGAAGCGACUGCGAAUUCAGAAUUAAAAUUCGAAAUACUAGUACUACA